AUGUUGCUGAGCAUCUACUUCUGCCUGCUGGUCUUUGGUCUCAACUCUCAUGUCACUGCGGGUGAAGUUACAUGGAGCAGAGAGAAGGAUGGAAGACAAGAGAAAAUAGUGACAACUGAUGGUGACAAUGAUAUAAAACACAUUAAACAGUCAAAUUUUAUUUAUAGUACACAAGGAGACAAGUCAUUGGUCAUUUCCGGGAUUACUGUCUCAGACUCUGGAAGAUACUUCUGUAAUUAUGAAACAGCCGUGGAGCUGACAGUGAUCCCAUCAGGAACAAUCAUAGAGAAUGUUACAGAGGGCAGCAGCAUCUCUCUGAGAUGUCCUCGUGAUUAUGGAGGAUCACAUGUUCCAGAAAGGAGAAGAGGACUGAACGCAGGAAGGUUUGAUGUUUCUACUGAGGACAAGACCCUGACCAUAAGAAAUGUGAAGCCUAAAGACUCUGGACUGUACUACUGCGAUGGAAAACCAGAUCUAUACGUGAAUGUGAGCAAGAGAUCUGACAGAGGAAAAAAGAGCACUGUAGCAACAACUACAAUGACAGUACCAAGUACAGUCCAGACCAAAGAAACAACCCUUUCAACCGUGACGACGGUUUCAACACCAAAGCCAAGCACAGGUAUGACAACAAACAAAAGGAUGUUCAAGUAA